UGUGUUUCUGUUCAAAGAGCACCAGACACACCCCCACUGUUGUGAUAAAUCUCUACAGUGUUCAGAGAGCUAGCUAGAGAGAGCUAGAGACAAUGAGUGAACCACUUGAGAGCAGUCUUCUGAGAAGAUUGGACGAGGAGAUGGUGGAAGAGGCAGAUGAGGUCAUCUCCUCCCUGCGUAUUGACAGAGCUCUAAUGAGCAACACUUUGAACAGGGCCAUGAUGUUUGCUGUUCACACAUCACCAGUCCGGCAGUUUGGUAUUGGGUUUGGAGUGGGAUGGUUGUCUGGUUACCUGUUUCGUAGAGUAAGUAGAACUGCAGCAUUUCUAUUAGGCUGCUCUUUCAUUGCUCUACAGGGAGCAUCAGCACUGGGUAUUAUCAAUGUGAACUGGGGGAGACUGUCAGUACUGGCUCAGAGGAGAGUCCAGAGAAUGGCCAGCAAUGUCACCAGCCGACCCUCUGACACACCUCUCACUCAACAGGUGGUGGGUUUCUGUAGGAGACACGUGUACAUAACAAGUGGGUUCACUAGUGGAGCAGUCAUUGCAUUGACAUUCUAAAUUAGCUUCAGCUCAUUUCAUUUGUGUAAUUGUUCUCCGUCAUUGUUCAGUGAAAUUAUUUUGUUGUUUAAUUUUAAUAUGAA